AAGCGUCACAUCCGCUUUUGACUUACUCAUGCGUCAGUGAAUGAGGCGCUAAAGAAACGGAGGCGAGUAGCAGUGUUUCGCUUCACUUGAUAACAUAUUAUUAGUUAACGAAAUAAACCAGUUAAUUUUAUAUCAUUUAAGUUUCUAUCGACAAGAAAUGAGCGACAACGAAAAGGAUUUUGGCGAGCGGGUUGAGUUGGGAAGAAGCAAAAUGGCGGAAGAAGUUUCAGAUAUGAAGUUUGAAGUUGUUAAAGGGCAUAUUUGAUGAAGCUGAUGGUGUUGAUGCAUGCUAAUGUAAAUGAAGCUGGCAGAAGCGAGCGGCCACGCUGUCCACUGGUAGAGUGAUGUAAUGGCAGAAAUCAAAUGGGAGGAAGGAAGUGGGGGAAGAGGAGAGAAAAAUGAAGUCAGAAAUGGUGUGAAACGGAAGAAAGAAGAAAAGAGAUGGUUGUUUUGAAGUUAUGAAGUUAAAGAAGUGAUGAAGUUAUGAGAGGUGUUCGGGGGACUCGCGGUCCGCUUCCAGGAGUGUGAGCCCAAGGGGUUCUGGGAAGUCUGCCAGCCGCUCCCCGGCCCAUUCCCCAGCCCGCUCCAAAGAUGGCUCCAGACACUCCAGGUCUAAGUCCCACUCCCGAUCCCGCUCCAAAUCCAGGUCUCGUUCCCACAGAAGCUCCCGCAGGCAUUAUUCCCGCUCUCGCUCCCGUUCCCACCGCCGCCGAUCCCGUAGCCGAUCCCGAAGCGGGGAAUACCGCCGCCGUCGGAGCCACAGCCACUCCCCCAUGUCCAACCGCCGCAGGCACAUUGGCAACCGGGCCAACCCGGACCCGAACUGCUGCCUGGGUGUGUUUGGUCUGAGCCUGUACACUACAGAGAGAGAUCUGAGAGACGUGUUCUCCAAGUACGGUCCCCUGGCUGACGUCAGCAUCGUCUACGACCAGCAGUCACGUCGCUCCCGUGGCUUCGCCUUCGUCUACUUCGAAGUCCGAGAGGACGCCAAUGGGGCUAAGGAGAGAGCUAAUGGAAUGGAGUUGGAUGGACGGAGGAUCAGGGUCGAUUUCUCCAUCACCAAACGACCACACACACCUACCCCUGGGAUAUACAUGGGACGGCCCACAUAUGGUGGUGGCGGUGGCAGCAGCAGCAGCGGUGGAGGAGGAAGUGGCGGCUCAAGCUCAUCUCGCCGUAGCUCGAAGGAUUACGAGCGCGGCGGUGACCGCGGCGGUGACCGUGGUUACGACAGAGGCUAUGACCGCGGCUACGAUCGCUAUGACGACCGAGAGUGCUACAGGUCCUACAGACGCAGGUCUCCGUCCCCGUACUACAGCCGAGGGGCCUACCGGUCUCGCUCACGCUCGCGAUCGUACUCCCCACGCCACUACUGAGCAGAGGGAGAAGAGGAGCAAGAUGAUACUUUUUGUGGGGUUAGGGCCAGGGGUGGGGUGCAUAUCUGGGGAAGUUAGGGAAAUGGUAAAAGAUGUAAUUGUGAACUUGAUAAACAGUCAUAUUUUUUGUUUAUUUUAGUUAAAUUUAUUCAGUAGUUGGAUUUCUGUACAUGAGCUUCUUUCUGUCAGUCUUGCCCGUUGUCUUUAGAGAAGCUGUGGAUUUGUUAAUCCAGGGUUCUCCCCAGGAUUUUUUAAGACGGUGGUGGUGCUGCUGCUGAGUACAGCAAACACCUGUACUUGCCAUUUCCUGUCCUGUACUUGCCGAAAUUUUGGUAGGGUUGUUUUUUACAUAGUGGCACAGCCAGUCCACAAGGUGGCGCAGCGCCCCACUUACAUUCUUUGGGGAGAACCAUGUUUAAUCCAUCUGAUGUGUGUUUUGUAUCACCAGGCUCCUUUUUAAUGGGUAGAUGUGUUGAAGUACAGUGAUAUUUAGUGCACGAUAGGCUCUAGGGGAGAGGGCUCAACCCCCAAUCCUAACCUUAACCUUUAGGUUGAUGAAAAAUAUCUCACCCUUUAUCAGUGGUUAGGGGGUAACUUCUUCCUGCUGUAUGUUCGGGAGAAGAGCCAAGAGCUAGAAGCUCUACCCUAGUUCCCGUGCUGUGUGUAUGGGUGUACCAUGAUUUUAAGUCUGCAGUAUUCCAAGCAAUAAUAAAACUGCAUCUUUUCAA